CCGUCUGUGCGGGAGACAACGCGAAGGAUCGAGCCUUCUGCCUUCUCCGUUCUCUCGCCCCCGGGGCCCGCACGCCCUCAGCCGGCUCACGGGGGCUCGGGGCUCCGGGACCCUCGCGCCGCCAAGCCGGACCAGGUUUUCUGGGAGGAGCUAGGGGCACAGGUGUAGUCGUCUCCCGGCUCGGGAGGCUCCCGGAACCCGUCCCGCGCGUGGGCGGAGGCCGGAACCUUUCUCCUCUCGCUGCGUUCAUCCUGCGGAGGCCGGAACCUUUCUUCUCGCGUCCCCGUUGGCGGGCGGAGGCGUGCGCAGCCGGAACAGUCCUCCAGCGGCCGGGCUUGCGCCGUGGUCGCCUCCUGCUGACGUGGGCCGGCGGGGUCGGGGGCCGUAGGUGCGGGUCGCCAUGGCGGUGGACAUCACGCUGCUGUUCCGGGCUAGCGUCAAGACCGUGAAGACGCGCAACAAAGCGCUGGGAGUGGCGGUGGGCAGCGGCGUCGAUGGCAGCCGCGACGAGUUGUUCCGCCGGAGCCCCCGGCCCAAAGGCGACUUCUCCAGCCGGGCGCGCGAAGUGAUUUCGCACAUUGGCAAACUGAGAGAUUUUCUUCUGGAACACAGGAAAGAUUAUAUUAAUGCUUAUAGCCAUAUCAUGUCUGAGUACGGGAGGAUGACAGACACGGAACGCGACCAGAUAGACCAGGAUGCUCAGACGUUCAUGAGGACCUGCUCAGAAGCGAUUCAGCAGCUAAGGACCCAAGCACGCAAGGACGCACAGUCCCAGCAAGUGAAGGAGCACAGAGCCGCCGUUCUGGACUUCAUCGAAGAUUACCUAAAAAGAGUGUGCAAGCUUUACUCAGAGCAGAGAGCCAUCCGAGUUAAACGCGUGGUGGAUAAGAAAAGAUUAUCUAAGCUGGAACCAGAAUCAAAUACAAAGACGAGAGAAUCCACCUCUUCUGAGCAAGUUUCACAGCAUCCUUCAAAAGACUCGGAAGAAAAACCUGUCGCUGAGGAGUAUCCAGAAAAGAUUCCGGCCGAAGCACCCCCGGAAGUGGGAACCUGGGCGGAUGGCAGAGUUGAAGAUGAACUGUCCCCAGAAGAGAUACAGAUGUUUGAACAAGAAAACCAGCGCCUGGUUGGUGAGAUGAACAGCCUGUUUGACGAAGUGAGGCAAAUUGAAGGGAAAGUGGUUGAAAUUUCCAGACUUCAAGAGAUAUUCACAGAGAAGGUUUUACAACAGGAAGCCGAGAUUGACAGCAUUCACCAGUUAGUCGUGGGGGCAACCGAGAAUAUCAAGGAGGGCAAUGAAGACAUCAGAGAGGCCAUCAAAAACAACGCGGGCUUCCGUGUGUGGGUACUGUUCUUCCUGGUCAUGUGCUCCUUCUCCCUGCUCUUCCUCGACUGGUACGACAGCUAGCUGCCUGGUCGUCAGCCGUCACCCCAGAGCCACGUGGGGGGAGGGGGAGACAGAUACGUCACAGAAGGGACGCCCAGACCUGUGGUUGGAGCCCACGGAGGAGCAGAAAAGGAAACCAGUGAACACAAAUCGGAAGUGUCUGCAGCAGCCCUGAGGCGGCUCCCCCAGCUGCCUCUGGGCUCCCAGGAUGCCUGACCUUCCCUCCGGGGCUUCAGGAAGAACAUGGGGUGAGAACCCGCAGCCCAAAUGCUCGUUUGUCCCCUACGGCUUCUUGCCUGCCUGAGCCACCUGACACGGCUCACUGUACGGUGGGAAACUCACCUUUGCCUCGUUAACCUAAUAAAUACAUGACGGCCACUUCG